AUGUCCGACUUCCUCAACAAGGCUCAGAACGAGGCCAGCAACCUCAGCACCCAGGCUCAGAACAACGCCAGCGACCUCUCGACCAAGGCCCAGAACAACGCUAGCGACCUCGCCACCAAGGCCCAGAACAACACUUCGGGCGGCGGCAACAACCUCAGCGACCAGGCCAGCAAGUACGUUGAGCAGGGCAAGGAGUACCUGCAGGGCAACAACAACGGUCAGGGUCUCGGUGAGCAGGCUCAGAACGCCCUCAACCAGGCUAAGGAGUCGCUCGGCCUCAACAAGUAA